CGUUGUCGGACGCCAUAGUCAACGCUUCGUUUCGCAGAGAAGUGGGAAGUAAAUCGAACUUUUUCGCGAAAAACCUGGUCUUUGACAAUUACUGCUUGAAACAUUUGAGCGAACGAUGGCAGGAGCCGAAUCGCCUAAAUUAAAACAGGAAUCGCAGAAUACAUCUACAGAGAAUAGUAAUGAAAAUCCGCGAGAACGGAAUCCUCCUGGUGGCGGCAACCGCGGUCCUCGUGGCCGAAAAGGAGGAACACGUUUUUCUGGCGGACGUGGUGGCGGAAUGGGCGGAGGGAACAGAAAUAACGAUGGACCGAUGAAAAUGAAUGAUCCUAUGGAUGGUGGUAUGGACAAUACCAUAAACGAAGGAAUAGGCGGAGGUAUGGGAGGAGGUAUGGGAGGAGGUAUGGGAGGAGGUAUGGGAGGAGGUAUGGGUAUUGGACGUGGCGGUGGAAUGCGUGGUGGUAGAGGUGGCCGCGGAGGGGGUGAUAGAAACAUGGGAAAUCGAUCACAAGAUGAUCGUUUAAUGGAACGGAUUAUGGCUAUUAGUGGUCCUACGCAUGAUCUACCUCCCCCAGAAACCAUGGAAAAGAAAUUCAGUGGUCGUAAUCGUCUGUAUAUUGGAAACUUGUCAAAUGAUGUUACAGAAGAGGAAAUUCAACAGAUCUUUCAACAAUAUGGUGAAAUAUCCGAACUUUUUGUAAAUAAAGAGAAAAACUUUGCAUUUCUUAGGAUGGAUUAUAGGGUAAAUGCUGAGAAAGCAAAACACGAGUUAGAUGGAAAAAAUGUAUUUACAAAUAGUAAAGGACGUGCACUUAAAGUUCGUUUUGCUCCACAUUCUUCGACAGUUAAAGUUAAAAAUCUCACACCUUGGAUCACGAAUGAAUUGCUUGAGAGGGCAUUCAGUGUCUUUGGUGAAAUUGAACGGGCGAUAGUUAUAGCGGAUGACAAGGGAAAAUCUACUGGAGAGGGAAUUGUAGAAUUCUGCAGAAAACCGUCAGCCCAACUUGCUUUACGAAAGUGCACAGAAGGAUGCUACUUUUUAACCGCGUCUCUACGUCCUGUAGUCGUUAAACCAUUUGAAUUACUAGAUGACAUUGAUGGUUAUUCAGACAAAAAUCUACCUCGGAAAAAUCAGGAAUUUUUUACAGCUCGCGAUAUUGGUCCAAGGUUUGCAAAGAUAGGAAGUUUUGAAUAUGAAUAUGGAACGAGAUGGAAACAGCUGCACGAAUUAUAUGAACAGAAGGAAGAAGCACUAAAAAGAGAAAUGGCAAUGGAGGAAGAAAAAUUGGAAGCUCAAAUGGAAUUUGCACGAUAUGAACACGAAACUGAAUUGUUGAGAGAACAAUUGCGUAUGCGCGAGGCCGAUCGUGAGAGACAAAAGCGAGAAUGGGAAAUGAAAGAAAGACAGGCUGAAGAACAAAGAACGCGUGAAGAAGAACUACGAAGGAGACAACAAGAAGAAAUGGCAAUGCGUAUUAGAAGACAAGAAGAGGAGCUACAUCGUCGUCAACAAGAGAAUAAUUUAUUCAUGCAGGAGCAAACAAUGAGAGGAGGUGGAGGAGGCGGGAUGGGAGGAAAAAAUUAUGAUUCCGUUGGUAAUAAUGACCGCGAUGGAUAUGGACAGCCAGAUGGUGGAAGCAGCAUGCCAGUGGAUCCAAAGUCUUUCAUGGAUGCUUAUAAUAGUAUGGAUCGUGGUAGCCGUGGGGGUUACAAUGACGAUCGUAGUCAAAUAAUGGAUUUGAUGGAUAUGAGGGUCGAUAUGGGUAAUAUGGGAGGUGGUCGUGGAGGUAGUGGUGGUAGUGGACGUUGGCAAGGUGGAAGUGAUCGUAAUCGUCAGGAUGAUUAUCCUAAUAAAAGAAGACGCUAUUAAAAAUGUUGCGGUAUUAACAUGACUUCCUUUUUCUAAUCGAUUGAGAAGAAUCGAUAGUUCGCAUUGUAGUCAUUUUCCCCAACAAAAUUUGUUAUCGAUCAUCUUUCACGUUUUCUAUCAUGGCACAGUGUUUCGAGUAUAUGGGCGUUCAGGGCAAAAAUCAUAACAUUGUAUAUCUGUACACAAUCUUUUCUUCAAUUCACUUUUUGGUUUUAAAUUUGACUUUCAUUCUUUGUUAAAAUGUAAAUACUGCGAUUAUAUUCAUUCAGGGCCAGAUUCACACAUACGUGUGCUUGCAUCAUGACAGACGAAUCAUUUGUUGUUAUUAAAUAUUGCCUUAUAUGUGUAGUUCAAUAUUUCCUUAAUUUUAUUAUAUCAUUUUCUGUGUUUUGACACACUUGUAUCAUAGUUUAUGAUAAGCAAAUUGUACAAAUUCGUAUUAAAGUUUUCCCUAGAGCUUUUGCGGCUAUGACGUUUCAACAACGUUUAAACAACGUUUAAUGAUAAAUAUUGUUGCACGUGUUUAUUCCGUAAAUUAAUAAUUUAUAUAAAGGAAUAUUAUGCCAUUCAUAAACAGAAAUAUAUCGUUAUUGUUUUUUGUAACAGUUCGUGUUCUUAUUAUCUGAAUUUGUUUUCCAAGAAGAUAGAAAUUACAAGAUAUAUAUAUAAUACUGUCAAAUUUGUAUUAUGACUAUAUUGACGAUACUGUACAGAAGUAAUACGAUAACUAUAGCAAACAAAAAAAAAAAAAAAAAAAAAAAAAAUUUAAAGAAAAGUAAACAGUAUCUAUCUAAUGAAGGAUUACGAAUGUUUAAUGGAUCAUAUAGCAUUGCGUAACACUCAAGCGUGCCAUUUUGAACAAAUUUUAGACAAUUGAAAAUUUGAUUUUAAUAUAAAAUUUAUUACUAUUCUUUCUCAACGUAUUUCAUUCAUUAAAAAAAGUUAAGAUUAUUUGUUAUUAUUGAAAUUAUUUGAAAUUGAAUUUACUCUCGCCAGUUUCAAAGGUGAUAGGAUAUCGAAAGUUAAGAAAAGAUCAGGCUAAAUAUGCAAAUGCUCUGAUUUUUGUGAUAAACUUUAUGCCUCAAUUUUAUUAACAAAUUGAUAUAUUGAAAAAAGCCAUCAAUAUUAUAAAUUACAUUUCGUUAUUAACAUUUCAAGAUAGAACAAUCUCUGGUUCCUAAUCCUUUUUUCUUAUUUCUCUCUUUCUUUUCUUUCUUUUUUUUUUUUUUUUUUUUUUUGUCCAUUGAUCGAAAUGCUGUGCAUAGAGGCGAAACAAUAUUAACAAGAAUGAAUAGGCAACAAUGAGAAAGGGUGAUAUGUAAUGAUCGAGAGAGUGUGCUUUUAUAUUUUUCAAUGUGGAUCUGAUCUCGUGAUAUCGCGAAUUAUUUUAUUCAUGAGACAUUACUUCAAAAAAUUUUAAGGGAGUACCCUAUCUUGUGAGCCUAGAAAACAGAUAAAUUAAGACCUUCCUUCUCAGGGUAAUUAUUGUGUGAAAUAUCGGGAUUUUCUUUCAGAGGAUGUUGGGCAACGUUUUAUAUUCAGUUUCACCUAUCUAAAAUUACAAAACGGCGGAGUUAUGCAACAUUAUCUAUUGUCAUGUUUAACAAAACCUUGGAAUCUGGUAUCAGAAGUGACUGGAAUGUAAAACAAGGAAAAUUUCUAUAGCAAAUAAAGUAUCUAUAACGUAGCUCACUAUCGUUAGGUAACUUUCAGUAAUAUACAAACGAUGGUAUUUGAAAGGAAAUGGGUUUUCACCCGAUAAAGUUAACUUUUGUAUUUAAUUUAAUUUAAUUGUAAUUUAAAUAUCAGAGAUCGUACGCUAUGCAUUUUACGCAAUCUUAUAAGAAAUCGUACGUAAAAAUGUAAAGUUAGUCGAAUAUAGUUAGUUGUUGCUGAUAUUUACAUUGGGUCAUCGCGUGAAAACUAUGUUUUCAAGGAAAGCUUGGUCAUAGCCAUUUAAGCCAAUAUUUUAACGAAAUAAAACAAACUUUUUAAGAAUUUAUUCUUAGCUCGCAGUUCUAACUCCAUAACAGGAUUCUCUUGGUUCGGAAACUUUCAUCGGCUUAUUUCAAAGCUACUCUUAGUAAUUGUGGAAUUUCUUUGGACUUUUAUCGUGUUCUUGGAUUUUCGCGCGUUUAGGCGUCGUUUGUUUACUUCUUCAGAAAAAUUGCUUGCAGUACCUCCAAUAACCGGUUUCAUAAAUUGCUUCAUUAAUGAUAUUGUUUUAUACCCACUGUUGAGAAUACUAACAGCAACGAAAUCUGCAAUUUUUCUCAUCACCAUUUUCCAUUUUCUUAUUACAGAUUGUUAUCUUCGGGACAAUUGUCCAAAUUACAGAAUUUACACUCACUCUUAUUGUUUUGCGUGAAUCACUCCAUAUCGUUUUUACGGAUUAUUUGAGCUGAUACGGUUUCCUAACAAUUACUUCAGUAGACAAAAAAUUGAAGUUUUAUCGAUAUUGAAAAAUUAACCGAAAUUUCUGUUUCACAAACGUUAUGUUAGAUCUUCUUCCUACCUGACCGCGAUAUACAGUGAUUUUUGGUGCCGUAACUUCGCCAAUUUUCGAAUUUCAAAAAAUCCAACUGCAAUAUUCUAUGAAAUGUUGAAAAUAUCUUCGGUUUUUCGAAACCGACAAGGUUAGGGGUACUCCCUUCCAAAUACAAAUUUACGAAUGUGUGUUAAGUACAUGGGAAGCCCUUUUAAAAGGAUUUAAUAGUACUUUUCAAUUUGAUAUAUUAACAAAUCGUAAAUAUUUUAACAGGCAGGCAUACUUUUGAGCCACCGAAAAAGCAAAACAUUGACUAUUAACGCAAUAAUAUCAUUUUCAAUGAUAAAGAAACGAUUUGAACUGUGUACGCCUCUUAAUCCCCCAUAAGACUGUUCUAAAGACGAGAAUCGCAUAUAAUGGAAAAACUGGAUUUAAAUUUGCGGCGUCACUAUAUAACAUACAAAUAAUGUAGACAAACGUAUAUUCACUGUCAAUUAGUACUUUCAAUAAAAUAAUCAUCUCAUAGGAGUUUCUCUUUACGAAACAAUAUGUAAAUAUUACAAAUAAUAUAGUAUAUUACUUUUUAUUGUUAUUGUAUUGUCAUACUAUAUUAUACUAUUCAUAGUUCAUUAUUUUUCAUUUGAUUCGGUAGUUUUCCAGGGUGAAAGUAUAUACACUGGCCGUACCUUUAGCUUUGUUCUUUACGAUUAAAAAGUUAGUUCGUAAGUAAAGAGUGCGUUUACUAUUGGUUGAAAUCAAUAUCGGUCAUUUGAUAACCUAUCUCUCUAAUAACGAGUAAAAUUUCUUAUAUACGUGUUUGUGUCAAAGUUAGUUUUACCCUGUGCAUUAUGCAUAUUCAUACGUACGUGUCUUUAUGUUAACGAUGGUGUGAAUGUCGCCACGAGAAGGAAGUAUAUGCAAUAUCUGCAUUACUUGAAGCUUUAUAAAAGUAAUUAUAUUAGAAUAAGACGUAUAUCUCAGCAGCAGUGAUCAAUCUGCGCUUGUGCUAUUCAAAUCUUGUGAAAGAACAUAAUUGACAGAAAGUAAUUUUAUGAAUAAAGAUUUACAUAUAUCCAUACAUAGGAAUAUAUAA